ACUCAGUUUUGAGUAACUGAAUAGACAUCAUGUCUCGAGCACGGCCGCCCCCCCUUGUAACUGGCAUCUCCCCCAAUGAAGGCAUCUCAUGGACAAAAGUGACAAUUAGAGGAGAAAAUUUGGGGACUGGGCCUACAGACCUCAUAGGUUUAACAAUCUGUGGGCACAACUGUCUGCUGACUGCUGAAUGGAUGUCUGCCAGUAAAAUUGUGUGUCGAGUCGGACAGGCUAAAAAUGACAAGGGAGACAUUAUUGUUACUACAAAGUCUGGUGGCAAAGGAACUUCAACCGUUUCCUUCAAACUGCUUAAACCUGAAAAAAUAGGUAUCUUGGAUCAGUCUGCUGUCUGGGUGGAUGAAAUGAACUAUUAUGACAUGCGCACUGAUAGGAACAAAGGGAUUCCCCCCCUGUCCCUACGUCCAGCUAAUCCGCUUGGUAUUGAGAUAGACAAAGGCAGAUUUCCUCAAAAAGAUUUGGAGUCACUGUUUCCUGGGAUGAGCGCUGAUUUCACUAGUGAAAACUUUUCUGCUGCCUGGUACCUGAUUGAGAAUCAUUCAACAACAAGUUUUGAUCAGCUAAAAACGGCUGUUGUGAAUUUGAAGAAACAAGCCAAUAAGAAAAAUGAGGGGAGUCUAGCUUAUGUGAAAGGAGGUCUCAGCACAUUUUUUGAAGCACAAGAUGCUCUGUCAGCAAUCCAUCAAAAACUGGAAGCGGAUGGAACGGAAAAAGUAGAAGGAUCCAUGACGCAAAAACUGGAGAAUGUACUGAACAGAGCCAGUAACACAGCAGAUACCUUGUUCCAAGAAGUGCUGGGUCGCAAGGACAAAGCUGAUUCAACGAGAAACGCACUUAAUGUUCUUCAGCGUUUUAAAUUUCUUUUCAACCUUCCCCUGAAUAUUGAAAGAAAUAUCCAGAAGGGUGAUUAUGAUGUGGUUAUUAAUGACUAUGAAAAAGCCAAGUCACUCUUUGGAAAGACAGAGGUUCAAGUGUUCAAAAAAUAUUAUGCGGAAGUUGAAACCAGAAUUGAAGCUUUAAGAGAACUUCUGUUGGAUAAGCUGCUUGAAACUCCAUCAACAUUGCAUGAUCAGAAACGUUAUAUAAGAUAUCUUUCUGAUCUUCACGCGCCUGGGGACCCUGCUUGGCAGUGCAUUGGUGCUCAACAUCAGUGGAUUCUGCAGCUCAUGCACAACUGUAAGGAGAGCUAUGUUAAAGAACAAAAAGGCAACUCAUUGCUCCACAGCCCCAUGUUAGACCUGGACAAUGAUGUGCGUCCAUCACCAGUCGGCCAUCUCAGUCAAACUGCUUCACUGAAAAGGGGUAGCAGCUUUCAGUCUGGCCGUGAUGAUGCUUGGCGAUACAAAGCUCCUCAGCAAGUUGUAUUUGUUGAAAAGUUGACAAAGCUUGUUGUAAGUCAGCUGCCCAACUUCUGGAAGCUCUGGAUUUCUUAUGUGAAUGGAAGUUUAUUCAGUGAGACUGCUGAAAAAUCUGGCCAAAUGGAAAGAUCAAAGAAAAAUGCUAGGCAAAGACAAAAUGAUUUCAAGAAAAUGAUUCAGGAAGUGAUGCACUCUCUGGUAAAACUUAUCCGUGGAGCAUUGCUCCCAUUCAGCCUCAGAGAAGGAGAAUCAAGACAGUAUGGUGGCUGGGAGAUGAAAUCCGAACUUUCUGGCCAGUGGCUAACACAUGUUAUCCAGACUGUAAGGCUUAGUUCUGAGUCUCUUACUGCACUGGAGAUACCCAAUGAUAUGCUUCAAAUCAUCCAGGAUCUUAUUUUGGACCUUCGUGUACGUUGCAUCAUAGUGACCUUACAACACACAGCUGAAGAUGUAAAGAGGCUAGCUGAAAAGGAGGACUGGGUUGUUGACAAUGAAGGUUUGACAUCGUUGCCAUCCCAGUUUGAACAGUGCAUUAUCCAUUCCUUGCAAUCUCUUAAAACUGUGCUGGACUGCAGACCUGGAGAGGCCAGCGUUUUCCAGCAGCAGAAAACACAGGAGGAUGUGAGCCAGCUAAGCAUUGGGAUCAUGCAGGUCUUUAUAGACUGUUUGGAACAACUGAGCACCAAACCUGAUGGUGACAUAGAUACAUCACAUCUUUCAGUUGAUGUUUCAUCUCCAGAUUUGUUUGGAAGCAUUCAUGAAGACUCAAGCCUUUCUUCAGAACAGAGGCUUUUAAUUGCACUCAGCAACUGCCGUUAUCUGGAACGUCAUACCUUCCUAAAUAUAGCUGAACAUUUUGAGAAACAUGGCUUUCAAGGUGUUGAAAAAAUAACUCAAGUUAGUAUGGAAUCCUUGAAAGAGCUGGAUCAAAGGCUGUUUGAAAUGUACAUUGAAUUUAAGGCAGAUCCGAUAGUUGGGUCGUUAGAACCUGGCAUUUAUGCAGGAUAUUUUGAUUGGAAAGAUUGUCUUGCUCCAUCAGGUGUCAGAAACUAUUUGAAAGAAGCACUAGUGAAUAUCAUUGCUGUGCAUGCAGAGGUGUUUACCAUUUCCAAAGACUUAGUUCCUCGGGUAAUGUCAAGGGUUGUAGAAGCAGUCUCUGAAGAACUGAGUCGACUGAUGCAGUGUGUUUCAUCCUUCAGCAAAAAUGGAGCUUUACAGGCAAGACUUGAAAUCUGUGCAUUGAGAGAUACCGUGGCCAUAUACCUAACACCUGAAAGCAACUCGAGCUUUAAGCAAGCUUUGGAAGCCUUGCCUCAGCUCUCAAGUGGGACUGACAAAAAGUUACUAGAAGAGUUACUAAACAAAUUUAAAAGCAGCAUGCACUUGCAGCUAACCUGUUUUCAAGCUUCUUCGUCAACAAUGAUGAAAACAUAG